GUCUCGUCUCGUCCCGACCCGGGCUCUACUUUUUUUUCUUUCUCAUAGAUUCUCUCCCCAUCAUCAAUGGCGGUGAUCAGUCCAGCUACACGUAUCUCCCCGCCGCUGAACCGGCCUUUUAGCCACCGCUCAUCACUCCCUUCCCCCUCUAAGAACCUCCUCUUCCUCAAAAACCCCAUUCCGAGCUCCACGAUCGUCGCCGUCCGGUGCCAGAAACCUUUCUCCGACGGGGGUAGCUCCACGAACCACGCCUCUUCUGUUUCAUCCUCCAUCGAUUUUCUAACCUUGUGCCAUCGGCUCAAGACGACGAAGAGAAAAGGAUGGAUCAAUCAGGGGAUCAAUGGAGCUGAAUCGAUUGCUGAUCACAUGUACCGUAUGUCUCUAAUGGCGCUCAUUGCUGGUGAUCUUACUGGAGUUGACAGAGAAAGGUGUAUUAAAAUGGCAAUUGUGCAUGACAUCGCUGAAGCUAUUGUUGGAGAUAUUACCCCAUCUGAUGGUGUGCCUAAGGAAGAAAAGAGUAGGAGAGAGAAAGCAGCUUUAGAGGAGAUGUGCGAAGUUCUGGGUGGAGGCGUAAGAGCUGAGGAGAUCACCGAACUUUGGCUGGAGUAUGAGAACAAUGCUUCUCUAGAGGCAAAUCUCGUAAAAGACUUUGAUAAGGUUGAGAUGAUUCUCCAGGCACUAGAAUAUGAAUCAGAACACGGGAAAGUGCUCGACGAGUUUUUCAUAUCAACAGCAGGCAAGUUUCAAACCGAAAUUGGAAAGAGCUGGGCUGCUGAGAUCAACGCGAGGAGAAGAUCCCAGUUGACAAAAAGACAGAGAUAGUAAUCCAGUUGCGUCCCACAACUAUCAACACUAGGAAUCUUCAGAGCAAACUUCAAAACCAAAGCAGAUGCCUCUUGAACCAAAAGGUGCAAGCUUUUCUGGUGAAAUUUUCAAUUUUGUUGUGCAACGAACACAAACACCUGGUUUUUAACUUCCCUUUCAGUUGCUUGUUAAGUAGUACCAAACUUUUUAAGACACUCUUGUUGCUCAGAGAAGUGGAUCAGAGUUUGUUUUAUCAAAACCCUUGUUCGAGGUUCCUAA